AUGGUAGUGGAUCUGAGGCAGUUGGAGAAGUGGGCACUAGAGACUGACAUUCGAGCACUACUGGGAUUAGAUCGCGACGAUUCCGAUUACGGGGCGCAGGUUGGUGAGGUCGCCAGUCUGUCUAGGUGGUACAGAGGAUUUGAUUUGUUGGGUGUGGGAGCUUUGACUUAUUUGCACAUUGGUGUUGAUGUGCCAAACACAUAG